GAAGAAGAAGAAUAUUUUGUUGCGCAUGCCUUAUAACGGGCUGUACUGAUAAACAAAACGAAGAUUCUUGGGGAUAUUUUCUUCCCGAUUUCAGAAAGAACUUUAAAGUAAUUCUUUGACAUUUGCUGUCUCAAGGUAAAAUAAAUCAGUAUGGCGAUACCUGUCGUGGAUUUCAAUGUCUACGAAUUGGGAAAGACAGAUGAUAGGUUGGAGAAGUUAAGUGAGGAACUAAGAAAGGCCUUUACCGAGGUGGGAUUUGUUUAUCUGAAAAACACGGGCAUAAAUCAGGACGAGGUGGAAAAAGUCAUGGGUGUUUCAAAGAAGUUCUUCUGUUUGCCAGAAAACAUGAAGAAGUCUUUUAGCAGGGGCACUUUCUCAUGUGAUGUAAACCACGGCUGGGUUUCGCUGGAGAAGGAAAGUUUAAAUCCUCGACGUCCUGGUGAUCUGAAGGAGGCGUUCAAUACAACAUCUUUGCGCACGGAUAUCAAUUGGCCUUCAGAAGGAGUUGAUGAUUUUCGAGAUGUCCACGUAUCAUUUUACCUGCGCUGUAAGGAACUUUCUCUCAGAGUGCUCCGAGUGAUGGCUCUUGGUUUGAACCUGGAAGCAGAGGUCUUUCUCAGCGCACAUAAGCAUAUUGGAAGUGAUGUGAAUGGAACGACUCUACGGACUCUGUACUACCCUCCGGUGAACAGCACAUGUGUGAAGGAAAAUCAGCUGCGCUGUGGUGAACACUCUGAUUAUGGUAGUAUCACUUUGCUCUUCCAAAGCUCAGAGGGUGGACUGCAGGUUCUGAACCGGGCUGGAGAGUUCAUUUCAGCCCCCAGCAUUCCUGGAACAGUUCUGAUUAACAUAGCAGACCUGAUGCAAAGGUGGACCAGUGAUGUCUAUGUGUCUGCCGUUCAUAGGGUUUUGCUGCCCCCUGCAGGUGACUCCAGCACACGUCAGUCUUUGGCCUUCUUUGUACAACCUGAUGAUGAGGCCAUCAUUUCAUGCUGCGAUGGAUCAGAUAAAUAUCCUCCUGUUAAGUCAGUUGAUUACCUUCUGUCAAGGUUCAAAGAUUCUUACGGCAAAAAUUAGAUCCUGGUUUAAGUGAAAUUUUAUGAUCUUGUAUGUUUAAAAAAAAUCAGUAAUAAUCAUCAGAGCACAUAAUUGGUGAAGCUGACAUAAUUUAAUACAUUAGAGAAACGUAAAACACAGUCAAUUACUCCUAAAAUCACAAAGGAUACUCAAACAAGGCAAAAAAAACAACAACAACCAAACAAUCCAUACUUAUUUUAUGCUUAACUUGAUUUAUAUAUAUUUUAUAAAUUUAUACACAGUUUACAGUAGAACACUGGUUGAAAACCAUGAAACUAUAAUGAAUUAAAAUGAAACGGCUUGAAAUAAUUCACUGGUGUUGCAGCAGAAAUUCAUUUUCAGACCCUUGAGAAUCAAUCUAGGAUUUAAUUCAAUCUAUAUUUUAAACUAAACUAAAGUGGCAAUGAGAAUGCUUAAUUAAAUUUUCAUGUUAUCUUCCAUGUAUGUUUUCAAUAAAAAUGUUUAAAAAAAAAAAAAAA